AUGCCGACCGUGGAGGACUUCCUGUCCGCGAGCGCCUUCUGCCGCGAGCGCCUCAACCCGUACCUGUUCGCCUACGCCCUGAGCGUGGCCAUGCUGCACCGCAACGACACGCAGGCCGCCCCGCUGCCGCAGUUCGCCGGCCGCUUCCCGGAGAAGUACUUCGACGGAGGCGUCUUCUCGGAGGUGCGACGCGAGGCGAACCUCGUCAGCGCCGACGACCGGGAGCCGCUGGUCAUCCCGCGCGACUUCACCGGCACCGACCUGGAGCCCGAGCACCGCGUGGCGUACUUCCGCGAGGACAUCGGCGUCAACCUGUGCCACUUCCACUGGCACCUCGUCUACCCGUUCAGCAACGCCAUGGGCGUGGUGCGCAAGGACCGGCGCGGGGAGCUCUUCUACUACUUCCACCAGCAGAUCAUCGCCAGGUACAACCUGGAGCGCUUCAGCAACCGGCUGGGCCGCGUGAAGCGCUUCCUGGACUUCCGAGAGCCCAUGGAGGACGGGUACUUCCCCAAGCUGAGCACGCUGCUCGCCUCCCGCAACUGGCCCCCGCGCCAGGCCGGCACCAGGCUCAAGGAAGAUGAAAACGGAACAAUUGUGCCCAUUAUAAAUGAACAAGGAAUUGAUUUACUGGGAAACGUUAUUGAAGCUUCCGAUCUUUCAAUAAACAGAAACUUGUAUGGAGAUAUGCACAACUUAGGUCAUCUUGCCAUUGCGUAUAGUCAUGAUCCUGAUCACAGACACCUGGGAAAGCCUGGAGAUCUCUUCUCUGUAAUGCGCAUCUUAAAAAAAGAGUACGGUAAACGCAAAGGAAAUUGCUUAUUUAUCACUUGUUCGUCCGAUAGUGGAACAUGGAACAAUUUGUUGGGAUCCGUACAAAAUUAUGCAGUGGAAAGGCACGGGAGCAAAUUAUGUGAGAGAGAAAAUAAAUUAAGAAAGUUAUUACGAAACAAGAACCACAGAAUUAGCCGAUACUGUGUUAAAAGCCGAGUGAAGAAUCAGGAAUUAGAUUGUGUGGGAGGAAUUGAAGGGUCUGCGCAUUAG